UCUAGAUGGAAGCCAUCCCUCUGGCUGCUUCUACUGGUGUUUCCCGCCGGAAGAAACCGUUGGAGUUUGACACUGAAUGUCCAGUCCUAAAACGAGUGAGAGUUGGGCCCGAGCCUGGGCCACGUUCUAGCCUGCUGCCCCCAAGUCCACCUCCUGCCUCAGACUUAUCACCAGCUGUGGCCCCUGCAACCCGGCUGGGGCCCUAUGUCGUUUUCGAAGGAGAGCAAGGCAACCGCACCUUUCGGGCCCUGCACUGCCCCACAGGCACAGAGUACACCUGCAAGGUGUAUCCCGCCAGUGAUGCCCAGUCGGUGCUGGCACCCUACGCACGGCUGCCCACACAUCAGCACGUGGCCCGUCCCGUAGACGUCCUUUUGGGCUCUCGGCUCCUCUAUGCCUUCUUCGCACAGACCCACGGGGACUUGCACAGCCUGGUGCGCAGCCGACGCGGCGUCCCUGAGGCUGAGGCCGUCGCGCUUUUCCGGCAGAUGGCUGCCGCGGUGGCACAUUGCCACCAGCAUGGACUAGUCUUGCGUGACCUCAAGCUGCGUCGCUUUGUCUUCAGCAACUGUGAGAGGACAAAGCUGCUCCUGGAGAACCUGGAAGAUGCCUGUGUGAUGACGGGACCAGACGACUCUCUGUGGGACAAGCAUGCAUGCCCUGCGUAUGUGGGACCAGAGAUACUCAGCUCCCGGCCAUGCUACUCCGGCAAAGCAGCUGAUGUCUGGAGCCUAGGCGUGGCGCUCUUCACCAUGCUGGCUGGCCGCUACCCUUUCCAGGACUCUGAGCCAGCUCUGCUCUUUAGCAAGAUCCUUAGAGGGACCUUCGCCCUGCCAGAGGGCCUGUCAGUCCCAGCUCGCUGCCUGGUCCGCUGUCUCCUCCGAAAGGAACCUUCAGAGCGACCGGUGGCCCCCAGCAUCCUGCUGCAUCCCUGGUUGAGGGAGGAUCGCAGUCGAGUCUCUCCUUCACAGUCUGACCACUGGGAGCGUGACCAGGUCGUGCCAGAUGGGCCAGGGUUGGAGGAGGCUGAGGAAGGGGAAGUGGGACUGUAUGGCUAAGGCCACACCCUACUGGCCCCCUCAACUGCAAACUGUGAGUUGAGUAGAAGCUUUCUCCUGCCUCUUUGGGCCAACCUAAGCCUUAAGUGCCUUACUGGAGGAAGAAACAGCCAGUGUGCCUCAUGCAUUCCUGUACUUUCCCACAGGUGUUGUGGGGUGAUGCUCGCUGGGUGCCAAGCCCUGUUCUAGAUGCUGGGAACAGCAAACAGCAAGGGAG